UGUGGGAGAUAUUUAUUUUGCCGGUUUUUUAUGUUGAGGAAUUGGUUAAAGUCACGCUUGCUGGCCCCACGUACAAUGUCCUGCUUUUCGCAAGUGAUAAACCCGAUAACGGGCGAGAACUCCUGGCAGGAGCGCGGAGAUGACUACGAUUACCACCUGGAGGUGGCCAACGCGGGUUUCGGCGAUAUGCUGCACGACUGGGAGCGCAAUCAGAAGUACUUCGCAGCUCUAAAGAAGACCAUCGGCGGAAUGCGUGCGGCGGGCAGAGAGGUGCACGUCCUGGACAUCGGCACCGGUACAGGGAUCCUCUCCAUGAUGGCCCUGGAGGCGGGUGCGGAUUCGGUGACCGCCUGCGAGGCAUUCCUGCCCAUGGCCAACUGUGCGGAGAAGAUCCUGGCCGCCAAUGGAGUUGGCGACAAGGUGCGUCUCAUUCGAAAGCGGUCCACUGACAUCCAAGUGGGCGGUGAUAUGCCGCAAAAGGCCAAUCUACUGGUGGCCGAGCUGCUGGACACGGAACUGAUAGGAGAGGGCGCCAUCGGAAUCUACAACCAUGCCCAUGCCGAGCUGCUCACCGAGGAUGCUCUCUGUAUUCCCGCUCGCGCCAGAUGCUACGCCCAGGUGGCCCAAUCCCCGCUAGCUGCGCAGUGGAACAGCCUGAAAACCCUGGCCAACUUGGACGGUGAACCUCUGCUGCAGCCGCCAGAACAGCUCAAAGGCUGCCAAGGAGAGGCCGGUCUGCACGACGUCCAGUUGUCGCAGCUGCCCAGCUCCGCCUUCCGUCCACUCACCGAUCCCGUGGAGAUCUUCCAGUUCGAUUUUCAGCGCAAACAGGAACGUGAGAAGCAGCGGCAGCAACUGCUAAAACUGCAGUCUAAGCAACCUGGUGCCGCUGAGCUGGUCUUCUACUGGUGGGAUAUCCAGCUGGAUGAUGGUGGGGAGAUACUGCUCAGCUGUGCCCCUUACUGGGCGCAUCCCGAACUCAAAGAGCUGGCAGCCGAGAAGGGAAAGGAUCACCCGCUACCCAAUGUGGUGCCCUGGCGGGAUCAUUGGAUGCAGGCCAUCUACUACAUACCUAAGCCCUUGCAACUGCUCGAGGCAGGUAAGACCUUCCACCUGAGUUGCCAUCACGACGAGUACUCCCUUUGGUUCGAUGCUCGCGAAGAGGCGCCCACGAAAAGUGUGAGCCGUCAUACCUGCUCCUGUGACCUGCAUAUGACCUACUCGCGCAGCAGGAUUGGCCAGAUUAACCAGGCCCCUCGAAACAAACGCUACCUGCGGUACCUGGAGGAGUACAUUGAGGCGGGGAAAUCAAAUGUAUUGGUCCUGGGAAACGGCUGUCUGCUGGGCCUGGCGAGUUCUGCUCUGGGAGCUGCCUCUGUGCAACUCCACGAACCACAUCGCUUCUCUCGCAGAUUGCUUGAGUCGAUUGUACAGCACAACAAGCUAAAGAACGUGCAGUUUGUUGAAAAAGUGGAGGAACUUGAAAACUCCCAGCUGGCUGCCCUAACUCACAUCUUCGCGGAGCCCUACUUCCUUAAUGCGAUCCUGCCGUGGGACAACUUUUACUUUGGCACCUUGCUCAUGAAAAUCAAGGACAGGCUGCCGGAGAGCGUGCAGAUUUCGCCAUGUUCGGCGAAGAUUUAUGCCCUGCCAAUGGAGUUUCUGGACCUGCACAAGAUACGAGCCCCCGUUGGCAGCUGCGAGGGUUUCGAUCUGCGUUUGUUUGAUCAAAUGGUUGAGAGAUCUGCAGAGCAGGCAGUGUCCCUGGUGGAGGCCCAGCCUCUAUGGGAAUACCCCUGCCGCGCGCUUUCUGAACCCCAGGAAGUGCUCAAUGUGGAGUUUAGCAACUUUAGUAACGAGCAUAGCCUGAAAGGAAGCAUAGAACUGAAGCAUCCCGGAACCUGCAAUGGAGUGGCUUUAUGGGUGGACUGGCAAUUGGUAGAUGACAGCAGUCCCAAAUCCACUGUGAGCAGUGGUCCCAGUGAACCCGUCAUUCCCGGUGCCUUUGUUAAGUGGGACAUGUUCGUGCGACAGGGAGUGCACUUUCCGAGGAAAAGCAAAGAAGCCGUCACCCAUGUCGAGUGGAGCACGGAUUUCAAACCACUGCUGGGUGAACUGAAUUUCAGUUUUAGCCAGAAGAAGCUUUAACACACUGUUGUUGGAAUUUUAGCAUUUAUUCACAAAAAUUUUGGACAAAACUUCAACGAGCAACGUCAGGGUAAAUGCAUUGAAUGAUUGGAGGUUU